AUGUUGGGUGCAGAUGAAGAACCAAAUAGUCCAGAAGGUGGAGGAGUUUCAUCCUCAUCUUCAACUCCAUCACAUGACAAUGGUGACAUGAUGGACCAAAAUCUACUAGAAAAUGGAGCCUUUGAUCUAUCUUGUCCCGAGUCCUUCACUCAAAUUAUGGAGCAAGCUGAAGAACUUGUUAUUUCUGACGCUUGUUCCACUAAUUGCACAGGAAAUAUUGAACGUAAAAGACGCCGGACUGCUACUGAUGAACAAGAAGAUGAAGAAGGAAUUAACAAUGCCACAGUAGAGGUUGUUUUUGAAAUAUGCAGAACUAAUGUUGAUCCCCGGAAAUACUAUGCUUUGUUCGGUCUCAACACUUGUAUCGAUGAUGAAGAAGAAGAAGGGCAGCAGAAGAAUGAAAGAGGAGAAGAUGAUGGAAAUCAAGAUUCAGAAGAGAAAGAAAAUCUUGAAUCUAAACCAAAUGAAGGAGAAGCGGACAGAAAUCAAGAAAACAAGAAUGAUAAAGAAGAAGAAACAGAGAAAGAAGAGGAGGAGGAAACAGGAGAAUCACAGGAAGAAGAACAUACGGAGAAUGCAGGAGACAGAGAACAUAAUACCAAUCAUCAAAAUUCUGAACAACAAGAAAAUGGAGAUCAUAAUGACAAUCAAGAUACUGAACAACAAGAAAAUGGAAAUCAAGAAUCUGAACAAGAUAAUGAAGGUGAAAAUGAUGAAAAUCAAGAAGAAAAUGACAAUGAAGAAGAGGAGGAGGCAGAGGUGGACGAAGAAGAAAAACGAAAAGCAGAUGAAAAAGGAAAACGUCCAAUGUCUGAAAUCUGCAAAUUUAAGUUCAUAGUGCCUAAAUUUUCCAAAUUUGAAAAAGGAGGACCGUCCGAUACCCCUGAAGGCCGAGAUCAAACUCAACAGAAUGAUAAUGAUCAGUUAAACAACGAAGAUCAGUACGAUGAAGAUCAUCAGGUUUUGGCUAUUUUAAAAUCAAUGUGGCAUUUCAACUGCAACAACGGGUAUUUCCCAUAUCCUACUUCAGAUGAACUUCAUAAUCACAUUAUGGAUUCAGUUUCCAACUUGAAAAUUCUUGGAGAGGAUUUAACUAAUAAGAUCAUAGCAUUAGAGGAUAAUUUCAAUACAGUUAGGGAUCUAGACGGAGAUAAUCCCGACGGAGAUCGUCCUAUUCAUCGAGAAAUUUUCGACUUGUCUAUGCAAUUAUGGGGUAAUUCUGAUGUUGAACAACAAAAUCAGGAAUUAUAUGAUGUGAAUAUAGAGCAAAAUACUAGUGCUGAUGAUCUUGAGGGCUGGAGCUGGUGGUAG